CGCGAUCGCUGGGCCCGCUUGGGCUGGCGGACGGGCCGGCGGCCCCUUGCCUCUGUCCACUGCCAGAGUCUUGGUACGUCUCUGCUAGCGCAACACCCUCUCCUCCAUUCGUCACAUCCUCGGGAACGAGGCACUCCAGAUGCUCGCUCUCGCCAACCGCGCCAGCCUCGCCGCCGCACUCAAGCCCGCUCUGCUCUCACGCCGAGGCUUUGCCCAGACACACGCACGCAGGAUCGCCGUCGACCCCGCUGCGUUCGUGCAGCAGGGCAGGAAGAUUGUCGCGAUCGGCCGCAACUACGCAGAGCACAUCAAGGAGCUCAGCAAUGACGCGCCCAAGGAGCCCAUGUUCUUCCUCAAGCCGACCACCAGCUACCUCCCGUCGGGCGGGAACGUCGAGAUCCCGCGCGGCGUGGCUGCCCACUUUGAGGUCGAGCUUGGAUUGGUCGUGGGCAGGACGGGGCGGGACAUCACGCAGGCGGAGGCAGAUUCGCAUAUCGCGGGAUACGCUCUUGCCGUGGACAUGACCGCGCGGAACAUGCAGGACGUGGUCAAGAAGAAGGGCCACCCAUGGAGCGCGGUCAAGGGGUUCGACACCUUCACUCCGAUCAGCACGUACAUCCCGAAGUCGGCCGUGUCUGACCCGGACAACCUCCAGCUGACACUGAAGGUCAACGGCGUCACGAAGCAAGACGGCAACACCAACCAGAUGAUCUUCAAGAUCCCGCGCAUGGUCGAGCACAUCUCCUCCAUCAUGACGCUCGAGUCGGGCGACCUCGUCCUGACGGGCACGCCCUCCGGCGUGGGCCCGCUCGUCCCGGGCGACCACGUCACCUGCACGCUCGCGGACGCGACGGGCACGCAGCUCGCCGCGCUCGAGUUCCGCGCGGUGCAGCGCGAGGGCGGGUACAGCUUCCAGCCGUGAGCUGCACUAGCGAAGUACGGGCAGGGUAGACCUAGGGUGUGGUACAGAUCUAUGCGGCGCCGGUUGCAGGUCUUAGAGGUCCUUCAAGUUGUGUGUCUCCGCGACUGGCUUCGUGUGUCUCGUAAGACGCCGUCUAGUCACCAGCAGCCCGCGAGCUCCACGAACCCCGUGUGUAC